AUGUCUCAUCGAUCAGCACUAGCUGCUCUCCGAGCUGCAAGAGCUGGAGGAGCCUCUCGUCUGGACUCCUACCAAGUACAGGACCAGGGCAGCAUAUACGAGACAGUCGACGAGGAGGGUUACAAGAAAGUCGUUCGUUCUCGACUCAAUCAAGAUGACUUUGUUGUGGACGACAAUGGUGAAGGUUAUGCCGACGACGGACGCGAAGAAUGGCAGAACGAGCGACAGUAUUACAGCUCCGAAGAAGAGGACCAGCCUCUUCGAGGAAAAGCUGCCAAAAGAAAACGAGAGGAUGACGAGGAAAAGACGUCACGAAACAACCACAAAAUAAUGACUUACUUCAACAACGGCCAAACAACUGAGGCUCCUAAACCAAAGGUCUUAACUACUGCUGAGGACGAAGCUUUCAUGGCCGAUCUCCUAGGCGAGAUUGACACGAACGUUGCAACAGCACAAUCCUACAAUCGAAAAACAAUCAAGUCAGAUUCGCGUCGUAAAGUACGUGUAUUGUCACCUCCUCCUACGCGAAAGAGGGAGAACAAGACCAAAACCAUCACGGCCGCAGCUCCUGAGCCAGUAGCCGAAAAUACACCUCCUGAACAAGAUUUCGACGAUGACAAUAUCAACACUCUGGGCGACGAUGACGUGCCAAUGAGCGAUCCACUGCCCUCUUCUCCUGUUGCCAAAGCCGUUGAACGAAAAGCAAAAUUCCAGAUCAAGGAAGAAGAAGAGGACGAAGACAUGAUGGAUGUCGCUGAGGCUGUGGCCGGCACAAACGUAACAUCCAGGAGCAUAAACAUCAAAGGCAACAAGCCUGCCCCAAAGAUCAAGCAGCUACCUAGUCCUCUAUCCUCUUCACCACCACCUUCAGACGCGGCAGAUGCUGAUGCUGAUGCUUGGAACGACCUCACCAGCAAGCUCGCUAUUGCUAGCAGUCCACCUGCUCAGACUCACUCCUUCGCCAAGAUGAUGCCGCAGGAUGCGAUUGAGGAAGAUGGAAGCCUUCGGAUAUUCUGGUUGGACUAUGCCGAUAUCAAUGGCAGCUUGUGCCUAUUUGGCAAAGUCAAGCAUAAAAAGACGGGUCAAUAUCUGAGUGCCUUCGUCAAGGUUGACAAUAUCUUGAGGAAGUUGUACUUUUUGCCCCGAAAAUACAAGUACCAGAAUGGUCGAGAAACUACCGAGGAGGUCGACAUGAACGACGUCUACGAGGAAGUUGACAACUUGAUGUCCAGGAUGAAGGUCACGACUCGAAAGGUCAAGCCCUCAACUCGAAAGUACGCCUUUGAGCUUCCAGACGUGCCGAAAGAAAGUGAAUAUCUGAAGUUGCUUUAUCCAUACGACAAGCCUGCUCUCCCAAUUGAAACUGAAGGUGAUUCUUUCUCUCGGGUUUUUGGCACCAACACAGCUCUGUUUGAGCAAUUCGUGCUUUGGAAGAACAUCAUGGGUCCUUGUUGGCUGAGUAUUCGAGACGCCGACUUCACCACUGUCAACAACGCCUCCUGGUGCAAGCUUGAAUGCUCGGUUGCGAAACCAAACAAUAUCAGCAUUGUGCCAGAAACCGAACAACUCGAAGUCCCAAAGCUGACCCUUAUGUCGCUUGCCUUUCGGACACAACUCAAUAUCAAGGAGAACAAGCAAGAGAUAGUCAUGGUCUCAGCACGAGUUUACGAGAAUGUUUCUCUCACAGACACAACUCCACCCGAACGACUGCCUUCCGAGACUUUCACAGUGAUGCGUCCACCAAAUGGUACUUCAUACCCCAUUGGCUUUGAGGGUGACACAAAGAAACAAACUCAUAGCAAAUUCUUCUUGGAGAAGAGCGAGCAGUUCCUGCUUUCCAAGUUCCUUGCUCUAUUUGAGCGUAAGGAUCCCGACGUCCUGCUUGGCCACAACCUUCAAGAAGUCGAUUACAGCACCUUGUUGUCUCGUCUUCGUGAGAAGAGGACGCCUGGUUGGCAUCGAAUUGGUCGACUGAAACGUGGUGAAUGGCCCAAGACGUUCGGCAAAACAGGCAGCGGCUUCUUCUCUGAACGUCAAAUCAUGACAGGUCGCCUGAUGUGUGACCUAGCCAACGAUAUGGGCAAGUCUCUGAUGACAAAGUGCCAGCAGUGGUCUCUCACCGAGAUGUGUGAACUCUACCUGUCGAGCAAGAAUGCUAAGCAGGAAAGACGUGAGUUUGAUACGGCAACUGCGCUGACAACCUGGGCAUCGAAAAGAGAAGGACUCAUGAAGUUUGUCACUCAUUGCCAUGCCGACACAUACUAUAUAGCUGCUCUUGCUCUGAGAUUACAGAUGCUACCAUUAACCAAAGUUUUGACUGAGCUUGCUGGUAACAGCUGGGCUCGUACUCUUAGUGGUACGAGAGCAGAACGCAACGAGUACAUCCUGCUGCACGAAUUUCACCGAAACAAAUACAUUGUGCCUGACAAGAUCUAUGGUAAAGGUCGUCAAGCCGUAAAAGUCGAGUCGUUGGAUGACGACGAUGAAGUGCAAGAAACUGGCUCGAAGAAGAAAGACAAAUACAAGGGUGGCUUAGUUUUCGACCCUCAAGAAGGACUGUACGAUAAGUUCAUUCUGGUCAUGGACUUCAACUCACUAUAUCCAUCCAUCAUCCAGGAGUACAAUAUAUGCUUCACCACAGUCGAUCGAACUCUCAGCAGUGAUGUUACGAACGACCAAGAUGAAAAAGUGCCUGAAGUACCUGCAUCAGAUGUUGAGCUUGGCAUCCUACCAAAGUUAAUUUCAACCUUAGUCAAGCGAAGACGAGCCGUCAAGAGUCUCAUGAAAGACAAGAGAGCAUCACCUGAAGAUCUUGCACUCUGGGACACGAAGCAGUUAGCCUUGAAACUGACAGCAAACUCGAUGUACGGCUGCCUUGGUUACACUCAAUCUCGUUUCUAUGCUCGACCUCUGGCGAUGCUUACCACCUACAAAGGUCGUGAAAUUCUGCGAAGCACCAAGGACCUAGCUGAAUCGAAGCAACUGGAGGUCAUCUACGGUGAUACCGAUUCGGUCAUGAUCAACACUGGCGUUGACAACAUUCGUGAUGCCCUGAAACUUGGCAAUGAAUUCAAGCGUACAGUCAAUGACAGCUACAAACUUCUUGAAAUCGAUAUCGACAAUAUCUUUCGAAGGCUGCUGUUGCACGCCAAGAAGAAAUACGCUGCUAUCAACAUGGCUGAAGUCGAUGGACAAUAUGUCGACAAGCUAGAAGUGAAAGGCCUCGACAUGAAGAGGCGAGAAUAUUGUGCACUAUCUAAAGAGGCAUCAGAGAAACUUCUUAACGAGAUUUUGUCUGGUGAUGACUCGGAAACUGUGCUGAACAACAUCCACGAAUACUUGAGAGACCUCUCGACGAAGAUGAGAGAAAUGCAGAUUCCUACUCAAAAAUACACAAUCUUCACAAAACUGGGCAAGAAUCCAAAAGAUUAUCCCAACCCCGAAAGCAUGCCGCAAGUCCAGGUUGCGCUUCGGGAGAUUGCAGCAGGACGUCAAGUUCGAGUCAACGACGUGAUGGGCUACAUCGUCACGCUAGGAUCCGAAGAAACAAAAGGACAACCUGCACCAAAGCGUGCCUACAAAUUCCAGGACGUCAUUAAACCCGACAGCAAUCUCCAACCGGACAUCGAGUACUAUCUUUACAAGCAGAUUUUCCCGCCCAUCGAGCGCUUGUGCGCUCCAAUUCCAGGCACUGACAGUGUACGGCUGGCGGACUGUCUUGGGCUUGACACACGGAAAUACGCUAUUUCUGCGAGCUCUGGUGGUGAGAAGCAAAGCACAGAAAUCUUCCCAUUGGAAUCUCAGAUACCGGAUGAGAUCAGGUUCAAGGAUGCUGUUCGUUUGACUCUUCGAUGCCGUCAAUGUAAGCAAGUAUCGACCUACGGCGGCCUCGUUGAGAGUACAGAAAUGCUUACGCCAUCGGGUGUAAUUUGUGGCAAUGCAGGCUGCAGAACACCAUUCAGCAACAUCUCAAUCAUCUGCCAGCUUGAGGCACAGAUCCGGGAACAAACAAGCCAAUAUUACGAGGGUUGGCUGAUGUGUAGUGAUGAAACAUGCAGCAAACGUACACGUCAAAUGUCCGUGUAUGGAACCAGAUGUUUGGGUCCAAUGGGUCGAGCCGACGGACAAUGUCGUGGACGUAUGAGCUACGAGUAUAGCGAAAAACAACUUUACAAUCAAUUGCUAUAUUUUGCCAGUUUGUGGGACUGCCAAAAAGUCAAGGACGGACUCAAAGACGGAAAAAUUAAGGUUGAGGAUGAAGACAAGGAGAAGAAGGAGCGGGUGCUUGUACUCGCAGAGACGAACAUGGAGCGGUUUCAGGGUUUCAAAGGAGUAGUUGAUGCUUAUUUGAGAAAGUGUGGUCGACAAUGGGUAGAGAUGGACACAUUAUUUGGAUAUGCUUUGAGGUAA